UGCGCAGUUGCAGUUGCCGCCGGGAUCCGGGGGAAGGGUUUGUGGUGAGAGCUGGUCCGUUGGUUUGUGGUUCCGGUUCUGGCAGAAUCCAGAGGCGAUGGAGGUAGACCCCAGCUCGGCACCUGAGGCCAGGACCGGUGACGGUAUGGAGAAAACCAGGACCUUCAGCACAUCUCAGCUGAAGCCCAGAAACGUGAAUGCACAGCCCCCAAUCUGCCGCUUUUAUUCUCGGGGAAAGUACUGCCAGUUUGGACGGAGGUGCUGGUUCCUGCACGAGCACCUGGAACCCCGGGUUGGUCCGAGUGUGCCCGAAAACCACAGCGAGGGCACUGCCAACAUCUCCCAGUGCCAGGGCAGUGUGGAAAGUCCCACCGACAGCAGCACCGUCAAGCCUGCAGAGGACUCCGGUGCCCAAGGGCGGGUGCGACUCGGAGUGCCCAAGGCCCUAGGUCCCCGGGACAGACCCAAGAGGCCGUGUCGCUAUUACCUGUCCGGCUACUGUGCCAUGGAAGAAAGGUGCCGCUUCUGGCACCCUGAGAGGCAGCCUCCUCUGAGGGACUGUGCGGAGCCCGAGCCUGCCAGGGUCAGCCUGAGCCCCACGGGGCCGCUCAUUCGGCCGCCCAUCUCCCGCCCCGCCAUGGUCAAGGACGAGGUCAAGCUUACCGAGCUGACCCAAGAGGUUGCCCGGCAGCUGCGAGAGACUGAGAUCAGUCAGCUGAUGAAACGCUUCCCCAAAGACCAGCUGAUCAUCCAGGAAAGCGAAGACGGGAAACAGACCUACUACCGGAUCAUGGUGGAGCCUACAGAUCCAGACUGGCCCUUUGAUUUAAAGGAGAUGGAUAUUCAGAUCUGCUUCCCGGACGAUUAUCCUUUGGAGGUGUUUACUGUGGAUAUCCCUGAGGAUCAGGAUCUGCCGGCCUCUAUGGGAAGGCAUGUGCGCAUGGCCUCAGAGGAAUGGUUGCGGGCAAAGCAUGCCACCAACAGACUGAUGGGCAAGUUAGAGCUGCUGUUUCGUCCAUACCUGCGGUGGCUGGAUCGCAACAUGGAGAAACUGUUCACAGAGGGAGCCAGACAGAUAAAGAGGGAAUUGGACGCAGAGAGAGCUGGGAUCCGCAUUGUACCCUACCAACACCUUCAAGCAUGUUUGCCAGAAGCUGCAGCUCCUCGGACAGCAGACUCGCCUGCAGACCCUCGGAAGGAGGAUGACCUCAAGGGCUUGUCACAGCAGCUGCAGCAAGUCAAGGUCACAGAGUCGGAGAGCCCUGAAAUGAGCGGCACAGGGAGUGAAAUCAGUUCCAGUGAGGAGGAUGACAGUUGCUCAAGGACCGACUCGCCAUCUGUCCACAGGCGUGAGCUGCACUCAGCGGGCAGCACGAGUGGGGGGCUGGCACCGGAGUCUGACCGUUGUAAGGGCACUGCAGUGCGGCUUGUUGGUUUAGAGCUGGGCGAAGGAACGGCAACACUGGCAGCUCAGAAGAUCACCAUGUCACUGAAGUGUAGCAGGUGCAAAGUAGCUUCAGACCUGACUGUGUCCCAACAGUGCCCUGCAGUUGUGAGCUGUGAGAAAUGUAAUACGGACAUCAGUGUGACAUUUGAACCCAGCAUGCUUCACGAACACUCAGACAUCAUGGGAUACCUGGACCUGUGUGGAUGUGUCCCUGUCGAAUUAGUGUUACAGGACAGUCAGUUCGUUGUGGGCUGUCUAAACUGUUCCAAGGAGGGAGCACUGCAGAGCCUGUCCUAUGGCCGAUACAAGGAGUCAAACUGUUUGCACUGUCACAGCAAACUCCGCGUUCUGGUGGAGGCCGCCCAGUUUUAUCAGACCCACGCCCAGUCGCAGGAUGAAACAGAUGUUAGCAAUUCAGCUCAUCGGCGGAAAAGACAGCCCCCUGGAUCUACUGUUCAGUUUGGGAAACCCCUGCCCAAGUUUGGUACCUGCAAGCACUACAAGAGGAGCUACCGCUGGCUCAGGUUUCCAUGUUGUGGUAAAGCCUAUCCGUGUGACAUGUGCCAUGAUGAUGAUCAAGAUCAUGUGAUGGAGCUGGCCAGUCGAAUGCUGUGUGGAUACUGCGCGAAGGAGCAGCCGUACAACAAUGGGAAGCCCUGUGUUGCCUGUGGAGCCAUGAUGACGAAAGGGCCCUACGCCAGCCACUGGGAAGGAGGCCAAGGUUGUCGCAACAGAAUCAAAAUGAGUCAAUCCCAACAUUUUCUGAACUUAGAGACAGAUGUGGGUUCAAAUCAAAGAAACCCAGAUGUGGGUCAUUUGCCAUUUCCACCAAAUGAUGAUAUUUGGCUUGGAGAGGAACUUGCCAGUUAAAAAGCAAUUGAUUUCAUCAGCAGUUUAAAAUGGAACUGGAGAGUCCUGCUUGAUAGUGCUGAAAAGCCGGUAAUAAAGAGUUUGGUGGUAUAUUUCAAUGGUUAGCUCGCUAUUUGUUUCUGGGAGAGGUAGGAUAAUGCAGCAAAGAGCUGAAUUGAAUUUUGCUUUAUACGCACUGAAUCUGGGAUAUGACCUUUUACUAUGAGGAGUACGAGACCUAAACAGUUUUAUUAGAAAUAGAAAUAUUCCAAAGCUGUAACAAAGAAACUGUCAAAAGUAUUCGCUGCUUUAGUUAAACCAAGAGGAAAAUUUGGGGCAAUAUAGCUCUGAAAAUCUUUGAAUUAUCCAUUCAGCAAAUACAUAAACCAAAUUGUUGGCGAUGUUAUUGAAUUGCUUCUUUCAGAUUGCAUUAACUGCAGACUGGAAUCUCAGUGCUGCUGGACACUGAUAGAUCCGUGGGUACUGUUGCCAACUCUGGAUGGAUGUAUUCCUGGAGGUUUCAUCAAUGAACUCUCACCUCUGCCUCUAUCCAACUGGCUGAUUCUUGACUCUCAAUCAUACAGCCCUCUUUCCCCAUCUCCCAAUAUUUUAUGACUAAU